UUAAUAACCACUUUUAAGCUAAAGAGACUAUAUUGAUUGUUAUAAAAAGAAGUUUUGACAUAAAUAUCACAUUUCAUGAAAAUUCACGCCUGACUUUAUUUAAUAAAUAUUUUUCUUGUCUUCUUUGAGUCUGUGAUCAUUGUUUGGUUGGAGAGAGUAAGUGGGUUGGUUUGAUUGGAGGAGAGAGGCUUCUGGUUGAAUAAUUUUCAACUUCUUUUUUUUUUUUUUUCUUUCUCUUCCGGCGAUGCCUACGCCGGUUAACACGGCGAGAGAAUGCUUAACGGAGGAAGCAGCUCGCGCUCUCGACGACGCUGUGGCCAUCGCUCGUCGGAGAAGCCACGCGCAGACGACGUCGCUCCACGCCGUCUCGGCUCUUCUCGCGACGCCGUCGUCUCUCCUCCGCGAGGUCUGCGUCUCGCGCGCCGCCCGGAGCACUCCCUACUCGUCGCGUCUCCAGUUCCGAGCUCUGGAGCUCUGCGUCGGCGUCUCUCUCGACAGGCUCCCGUCGUCUAAGUCUUCGGGAGAAGAAGUAGAUCCUCCGGUGUCGAACUCCCUCAUGGCGGCGAUCAAGCGGUCUCAGGCGAACCAGAGGCGGCACCCGGAGGCUUACCACCACCUCCACCAGAUGUCGCACGGAGGAUGCCAGACGACGGUUCUGAAGGUGGAGCUGAAGUACUUCGUGCUGUCGAUUCUAGACGACCCGAUUGUGAACCGGGUCUUCUGCGACGCCGGGUUUCGGAGCUCCGAUAUAAAGCUCGACGUGCUUCACCCUCCGGUAACAACGCAGUUCUCGCGGGGUCGUUGUCUUCCGCCUCUCUUCCUCUGUAACCUUCCGAGCCCAGAUCCGAAUAAUCGUGUUGGUGGGGGGAGCGACGAGAAUUGUAGGAGGAUCGGACAAGUGUUGUGUCGGAAAGAGAGGAGGAACCCUGUCCUUGUCGGGAACUGCGCUGACGAAGCUCUUAAAACGUUUGCUGACGCGAUCAACAGUGGGAAGAAAGAGUUUCUUCCUCCGGAGAUCAAUAGUUUAAGGAUAAUCAGCAUAGAGAAGGAGAUUAGCGGAGCUGAUGGAUCAAGAGCUAACGAAGAGAUUCUCGCGAAGCUUGAUGAGUUAGUAAAUGACUCCAAAUCUACAGAAGUGAUGUUUAAUCUAGGAGAGCUUAAGGUCUUCUUGAACAGUGAAACAUCUUCUGGUGAUGAUGGUUUGGUGAAGUUGGUGUUGAAGCUCUCUGAUUUGCUGAAACGUCAAAGUAAGAGACUCUGGUUCAUCGGGUGUGCAUCGAGCAACGAGACUUACACGAAGCUUCUUGAUCGGUUUCCUAAGAUCGAUGAGGAUUGGGACCUUCAUGUUCUUCCAAUCACAUCCUCAAAGCUCCCAAAAUCAAGCUUGAUGGGAUCUUUUGUUCCGUUUGGAGGGUUCUUUUCGUCUACAUCAGAUUACAAAGUAUCUUUGAGUGGUGGCACAGUGAAUCAGACGCUCCCUAGAUGUCACCUCUGCAACGAGAAGUGUUUGCAAGAAGUAGCUGCCGUUGUCAAGGCCGAUUCAAGUCUCUCUACGGCUGAUCAAUCUUCCGAGAAGUUACCCUCUUGGUUAAGAGCUGCUGAGACCGAGUUAGACAAGGGACCAACGAAAAGUACCAAGGCUGUAGAUAGCACAAACGCAUUAGCCUCAGCUCUCCAGAAGAAAUGGGACAACAUAUGCCAAAGCAUCCAUCAAACGCCACCGUUUCCUAAGCUAAGUUUUCAGACCGUGAGUAGUGUGGGAAGCUCAAUCUUAAAUCCAAAACAUAAGGAGGAGGAUCUCAAGACGACAUCGGUAGUAACUUUGGGUUCUCCUUUAAACUGUGUUACUACAGAUCUAGGUUUGGGAGUAACCUACGCAUCAAAAAGCCUAGAAACACACACCACACCGAGCGAGAAACCGCUGCUUGUGACUCUAAACUACUCUUCCUUAGAUGAUUUCAAGUCUCUCAGAGAAUCACUCUCUCGUAAAGUCCCCUGGCAGACUGAAGCUGUGAACGCCAUCAGCCAACUCAUCUGCGAAAGAAGAAACCGCACCAGCGCACUAUGGCUGGCUCUUCUUGGACCUGAUAGAGUUGGGAAGAAGAAAGUAGCGUUGGCUCUCUCCGAAACCUUAUUUAAAGACCAAGCUAAUUGCAUCAGUGUUGAUUUUGGAGGAGAGCAUUGUUAUGUCGAUGACAAGUUCAGAGGCAAGACGGUGGUUGAUUACAUAACGGGUGAAGUAUCGAGGAGACCGCACUCUGUUGUGUUGCUAGAAAACGUGGAGAAGGCUGAGUUCCCGGAUCAGAUGAGAUUGUCUGAAGGUGUGAAUGGUGGGAAGCUACGUGACUCGCACGGAAGAGUGGUUAGUAUGAAAAACGUAAUUGUUCUUGCAACUUGUGGGACCUUCAAGGAGAAAGAGACUGUGGAGUUUACGGAGGAGAGAGUUCUUAACGCUAGAAAAAGGAAACUGCAGAUUAAGUUAGCUGAUACUGCUGAAGUUAGGGGGAAUAAGAGAAAACAUGAGGGAGACACAGAGCUGCGUGCAGAGAAGGUGCAACGUUCGUAUCUUGAUCUGAACCUUCCGGUGGAUGAGACAGAAACAGAGGAAGCCAAAGCUUGGUUUGAUGGUUUCAUCGAGAGAUUAGAUGGAAAAGUGACGUUUAAACCGGUUGAUUUCGAUGUGUUAGCCAAAAGCAUUCAAGAGAAGAUCGUUUCACAUUUUAAGAUGUGUUUUGGAACGGAAAGACAGCUAGAGAUUGAUAACGAAGCGAUCCUUCAGAUUCUUGCGGCUUCUUGGUCAUCAGGGGAAGAAGAGAGGAACGUUGUUGAUCAGUGGAUAAGAACCGUUCUUGCUCCUAGCUUUGCUGAAGCGAGGCAAAAGUACGGUUCGAAUCCUAAAGUAGCUGUGAAACUGGUUGCUUCUAGAGAUUUAGCUGCUGGAGUAGAGUUGCCAGAUAAGGUGGAUGUGAUGUGAUUAUUCUGAUUGUUUUGUCAUCAGAGAGGCUUUGGUUUUGAGUUUUGGUAAAAAAAAAAAUGUAUAAUAGAGUUACUACUAGUAGCUGAGGUUUAUAAGUCUGUGUAGGG